ACAGCGAGCAACUUCCUUUUUACCAAGAUGGCGGGCGACGAGCCGGGAGUCACUCUAGGCCAGCCUCAUUUAUCCAGGCAGGAUUUGGCUACCUUGGAUGUUUCCAAGCUGACACCUCUUUCCCAAGAAAUCAUCAGCCGACAAGCGACAAUUAAUAUAGGCACGAUUGGGCAUGUAGCUCAUGGUAAAUCCACAGUAGUCAAAGCCAUAUCUGGUGUGCACACUGUCCGAUUUAAGAAUGAACUGGAGAGAAAUAUUACCAUCAAGCUGGGAUAUGCCAAUGCCAAGAUCUACAAACUUGAUGAUCCCAGUUGUUCCCGGCCGGAAUGCUAUCGCUCCUGUGGCAGCAGUACGCCAGAUGAAUUUCCGACAGACAUACCAAACACCAAGGGCAACUUCAAAUUAGUCAGACAUGUAUCAUUUGUGGAUUGCCCAGGUCACGACAUUUUGAUGGCUACCAUGUUGAACGGCGCAGCUGUUAUGGACGCAGCCUUAUUGUUAAUAGCUGGCAAUGAAUCCUGUCCACAGCCCCAGACCUCCGAACAUUUGGCUGCUAUCGAAAUCAUGAAACUCAAGCACAUCCUUAUUUUACAAAACAAGAUUGAUUUGGUAAAGGAGAGUCAGGCAAAGGAGCAGUAUGAGCAGAUCCUUGCAUUUGUACAAGGUACCGUAGCAGAGGGAGCGCCUAUCAUUCCAAUCUCUGCUCAGCUCAAGUACAAUAUCGAGGUAGUUUGUGAAUACAUUGUAAAGAAGAUCCCUGUGCCUCUUCGAGACUUUACAUCUGAACCAAGGCUUAUUGUUAUCCGAUCGUUUGAUGUCAACAAGCCAGGGUGUGAAGUUGAUGACCUUAAAGGUGGUGUUGCUGGUGGUAGUAUUCUAAAAGGCGUAUUAAAGGUGGGGCAGGAAAUUGAAGUUCGGCCUGGUAUUGUCUCCAAAGACAGUGAAGGAAAACUCAUGUGCAAGCCAAUCUUUUCCAAAAUUGUAUCUUUGUUUGCUGAACACAAUGAUCUACAGUAUGCUGCUCCUGGAGGCCUUAUCGGUGUAGGCACCAAGAUUGAUCCAACCUUGUGUCGAGCAGAUCGUAUGGUUGGACAAGUCCUCGGGGCUGUUGGUGCUCUGCCUGAAAUCUUCACAGAGCUCGAAAUCUCCUACUUUCUUCUACGACGACUGUUAGGAGUACGUACAGAAGGAGACAAAAAAGCAGCAAAGGUGCAAAAGCUGUCUAAGAACGAAGUGCUGAUGGUGAACAUUGGCUCUCUUUCUACUGGAGGCCGUGUCAGUGCCGUGAAAGCUGAUUUAGGGAAAAUAGUGCUUACAAAUCCAGUAUGCACAGAAGUAGGAGAGAAAAUAGCUCUUAGCAGAAGAGUUGAAAAGCAUUGGAGGUUGAUUGGCUGGGGACAAAUAAGAAGAGGUGUUACAAUCAAGCCGACAGUGGAUGAUGACUAAACAUAGCAAAAAUGACACAUUUGCUUUUCUUAUUAAAUAAAUGCCAUUUUAUUCAUUCUUCCUGAAGGAACAGCGGCCUUCAGGAAUUUUUCCACCAGUGAAUGAAUGUCAAAAAUAAACUUUAAAAGACCAAA